AAUCGUGUUAAGAGGGAUUUAGAAAUACACAAUAUCAUUAUAAACAUGGAGAAGCUCAAAUUUCAAGCCGCUUGGACCAGUCCUACAGCAAUUUAUCUUCACCAAAUCUCAUUUUUCAGAUGUUGGGGAAAUGCUCGCCCAUUGUCGUAAACGUUAUCUUAUUGAUGAUAACGACUAAGGUGUUAAAAGCAGCUCAAAAUUUUAACGGGUGCUGUGUUAAUGGCGGUCUCCCAGAUUGGGUGAACAUGCGGUAUACUCGUUUGUUUUAAUAUAAAAGUAUUUAUAUAGGGUUAUAUGCUGUACUUUUCUGUCGGCCUCGACAAUUAAAAAAUACGUCCUAGGCUGUGCAGGCGUUGUAAAAACAGGGAAAAUAUAAAUCAACGAAGAAUUAUAAUUUGUACGUCUCUCUGAAAACUGAUUGAUUUUGCUGUUUUGUUUCGAGAAUUAGAAAUCAUUCGGCGCAAAACUCGCCCUUUUUGCAACGACGAAGUGAAGGCAAAAGGUUUCAGAGAAUUGGACAGCAUAACGCAUCGACUGUUUUAUCUAUAUUUUAUUUGCUUGAUAUAUUGAAUGAGUCAUAGAGUGACGCCUCUCAUCGUGGCACAUCCGUGACAGGCAUCACAUGACUGCAGAUCAAGUGUGCAUGUUCCAUACGGGUAUUAACAAAAUAUAAGUGACGUAAGUACAUGUUUCGAUAUAUCAUCGCGUCAACAAAACAUCAACAAAGGAACUUGCGACACCUCGCCCUUGGGAAUGGAAAGUGGCGCUAUUGCAAACAAUAGAAUAACAGAUAAAGCAGGAGUGAUAGUGGGAGACCAAGCGAGGCUUGGUUACACAGUCGGUGACUCGUGGUGUAAGAGCAACAGCGAUGACUUCCUGCAGAUCGACCUCGGUACCCCCCACAUCAUAUGUGGCGUGGCCACUCAGGGGAACCAUCCCCAGGACCAAUGGGUUAUCAGUUUCAAGUUCACGUAUUCGACAGAUAGAGCAACAUAUAGCUUUUAUGAAGAUCUUGCUGGGAAUCAGGUGUUAUUUGCCAACCAAGAUCGGGAUGGAGUCGUCCAUCAGGUCUUGUACAAAGAGCUGGUCGCCCGAUAUGUGCGUAUUCAUCCGACAUUAUUCCAAGGCAAAGCGUGCAUAAGAGGAGAGCUGUACGGAGUCAAGACCAUCACAGAAAAUAUCGCAUUGAGCAAGCCAACAAUCCAGUCAAGCACGGCAUAGGGUGGCGUCCCAUCACGUGCUGUGGAUUGCAACCGUAACUCUGCUUAUGAUGGGGGAUCAUGUACACAUACAAAUGAUGAAGCCGUGCCCUGGUGGCAAGUGGACCUCGGAACAACCAAGUCCAUCGCUGAAGUACUCAUAGUCGCCAGAGGUGACUUUAGAAUUGAACGCCUCUGGAGCAACACUUUCGAGCUUCUUA